AUGAAAAAUCUUCAAAUAGGGUUAGUAGCCAUAUUGUUAAUAGUUACCGUUCUUUUUUUCUACUACAAAUAUUCCUUCGAUGAUGUAGCUGUCACAUAUAGCCCUGAUUUUCAUCAAGCAGUACAUGAAAUUCGUGAAGCUCCACAAGUAAAAAUGUUAAAAGAUCCGACAUUGUUUCAUCCGGGGCCUCGCUCGAAGUACCCGGCUCGCCAGCACAUGGGCGCCUGUCCUCCCUUAUUUGGAAGGGUUCACAUUUUUGUUGCAUUCGUGAAAAGUAGUAUGGAAACUCAUUAUAAAGUUGCCCAAGAGUCAUUGCAAUGCUAUUUGAAAGGAACAAACUACACAGUUGUAAUGGUGGAUCUUGAUAAUGAUGAACGAGUGAAAGCGGAAUGCGGAAAAAACAAACAGUUGUUCUUCAAAAAGCACUGCGCUGCGGCUGCCUACCUUCGUGAUGCCGACUGGAUGCUUGUUUUGGAUGCGGACACAGGAAUUGCUAAUCCAAAUCAUUGCGUUGAAGAAUGGAUUGAUAAUCGUGUUGAUAUCAUUUUCUACGAGAGAUUCUUCAAUUGGGAAAUUGCAAGCGGAAAUUAUAUCGUACGGAAUACCAUGUUCGCUAGAAAUUUCUUGCAAAAGUGGGGAGACUGGGAGUUCACACAACCAUCAAACUGGAACGGAGCUGACAAUGGUGUUCUUCAGAUUCACAUUUUAAAAACCGUCCUCCCAUAUGCAUCACAAGAAAUCAAAAAUUGCGACAAGUACUGGCACAACUCGACGGGUUAUGACACAUAUAUGGCAUACGUCACUUGUUGCAAGCUGGCUCUAGGUGCAACACGGUUAUGGCCUGGAAAAGUACGGAUAUUCCGAAGAGCUCACGGAUGGGUUCGAGAUGGGUUUCUGUCAACGGAUAGAUUUUGCGAAAAAGACUUCAUGUUCCAUGGAUGGAAAAAUAAUGAAGUUGGAUUCAAAGGAUGGGAGAGUCCGUUUCCGAAAAACUUGAACGUAAGUCUCUGCGGAAACGGUCUGGAAGGCUGGGAGUAUCGACCAUUUAAGAACGUCACUUGCGAAAGUAUCCGGAUAACUCUUGCCAAUUUCGAGAAGAGUAGUGGUAGGAAUUUCCCGAAAGAAGCUCGUGUAAUACCUCACCUCGCCGAGCCUGACGUUGGAGAAUGCUUUCCAAACUGCGACGAUGACGUGUAAUUUGUUGAUUAUUUUAUAGUUGUUUUUGUUUUGGAGUAUUUUGUUGGAGAGAAAAUUAGAGAACGAAUAGGUUUUAGCAUUAUAAGAUUGCGUAGGUUCAAUCAAGCUUCAAAAUGUUUUGAUGAGCCUUCCAGGUAGGAUAAAAAGACCUACCUGCCUUAAAAGGCAUGUCUAAAUAGUCUAUAUUUUUUGCCAGGAAAAAAUGUCUGCCUCAGCCAAGGAAACUAAUUUAAGCUUUCUGUGUCUACGUGAAAUUUUGACAUGUCUAAA